AUCGCGAAGUCCCUCGGCUCCCAAUAGAGCACGUUGUUCCUUUUGAUCGUAGCGCAGCUGAUAGCUAUGGCGGACUCCGGCUCGCAGCUCACCUGCUUAACGUGCAAAGUACUCUUCGCCACCGGAGAACUUCAGAGAACCCACUACAGAUGUGAUUGGCACAGGUACAACUUGAAACGUAAAGUCGCUUCCCUACCUCCGGUGUCGGCGGAAGAAUUCGCGAGGCGUGUUCAAGCUCAACGAGCUCAGGAUGAACAGAAUAAUCGUCAGGAGCCGGGUCACUGCAAGGUCUGCAAAAAAACGUUCGCGUCCCAGCAAGCGUUGGAGAAUCAUUAUCAAUCGAAGAAGCAUCACGAUCAGUUGAAGAAGAUCGCUUCGGGUGAAGCUCAUUUGCGCAGGGGACCGCUCCGCAUCAGACCUCCCGUAACAGAGACGUUAGAGAUAAAAACUCGAGUAUCCGAUGAAUCAGUUGGGGAAGAUGACUGGGAGGACAUCGAUGAGGAUGAAGUCAUGGAGGAGAACCCCUCUGAUGAGGGCGAGCGAGUAGAAAAUCGAUUAGAGAAAGACAAGCUCUUGAUGGAGCCCAAGCUAGAGGACUGUAUACCGAUCCAUGUAUGUCUGUUCUGCAAUCGAAAAUCUGUCGACUCGGAGGGAAACCUCGAACACAUGGCUAAAGCGCACAGUUUCUUCAUACCGGAUCCAGAUUAUCUUGAAGAUUUGGAAGGUCUCCUGAAAUACUUAGGUUACAAAGUUGGCGCUCUGAAAGUCUGUUUGCUCUGCGACAGUGACCAGAAGACACCAUUCCGGACGAUACAUGCAGUUCAACAGCACAUGCUCGACAAGGGUCACACCGCAAUGUUCUUCGACAGUGCACUGGAGUACAGCGACUUCUACGAUUUCUCUUCCACGCACCCCGAAGGGGCGGACGCCGAUGAGGAAUUCAAUCCAGAACUGCUACAGAUGAAUCCCGAUUGGUCCUUGCAAUUACCAUCCGGAGUUUUCAUCGGACAUCGAUCACUCGCGAGAUACUAUCGUCAGAAUCUCCCGCCUGAGCGUCCUGGAAUGGCCCGGAAUCGAGGAGCCUUGCUAUUCCAGAACUAUAAGGCGCUGGGGUGGACUGGCGCCUCGACCAAGGAGCAGGCGAUGGCAAAGGCGAGAGAUCAGAAGUUUGCCCAGAAAGUUCUCCGUCAGUCCUACUUGAAGCUCGGAGUUAAGGCAAACAAACUCCAGCAUCAUUUCCGACAGCAAGUCAUGUUCUAGGACAGGGCCCUCCGGAAUGUCUGCGGAAGGCGGGAAUUUCGAGAAGCGUGCUCGCAUGAACAGCCCCCGUGCAUUCUCGCGAUUGAUGUUGAUUGUUGCUGCGGUUUCCAUUAUGAGAAUACAGAAUGAUCG